CGUUCUAAAUUGACACUUCGAUGUUGACAGUUCUAGCUAUAUGUCUGUGUGAGUGAGUGUAUGUGUGUUUACCUCACUUAUUGCGCGCCAUAUAUUAAGCAAACAUAUUUACAUCAUUAGUUUUAAUGUGCGAAAUUUUUUAUUCAAUUUGAAAAAGAAAAACCAAUUAAAAUAAAAUGUAUUUUUUUAUUCAUUGGCUGUAUAAUUUCUGACGAUUAGCGCACAUUGAAUCACUUGCAGGAAACUCCUUGAAUUUAUUUUUCGGAAAGUGUGUUCUUGACGUUUCAUCGUUGACAACGUUUAAAAGAGUGCCAACGUCUUUUCGGGCAAACAUAUUAAUAAUAAUUUACUGUCGAAGUUCAUGACUCUCGCAUAAAAAUGGAUCAUUUUUCGUGCACAUUGCCUCUGAUUGAAGGUGAAAUCGUGAACAAUGAUUUUAACCGAUCAAUAACAAAGUUGGCGGCAUAUCCGGAGAUUUACAUUCGGCGAGAAGGUUUGAUUGGUGCAACACAUGCAAUCCCAUCGAAAUUCCAUUUGGACCGACCCAUUUUGAUAACACCACAAAAUGAACCACUGCCAAAGCGACUGGCACGGAUUUUCUUCGAAGAAGGACCCAUCAAUGCAUUGCAAGAAGCCGAACAAAAGACACAUGGUCAAAAGAUUAACUAUCUGUUCCGAGGCCUAUGCUACGGUUUGACCAAAGUGAAACAAUUUAAUCACAUGAUCUGGCCGUACACCGACAAUCAAAAUUUGGACAUUUUGAGCGAAUACUCACAAACUAGAGACUGGCAAAAUAGCCCAAUUCGCUUCAUGCGAUGGCAUCCAAAUGUAUUCAAAUUGGCAAUUGCAUCGGUUGAUGACAAUAUUAAAAUUUACUCAGCGGACACAGUCGUCAUAACCACAUUGAAGAAUGGCUAUCAAAAAUGUAUCACAUCACUUGCAUGGCGACCACUCUGUGCGGGUGAGUUGGCUGUCGGUUGCAAUAGCGGUAUUAUUAUUUGGAAACUGGACACACCCGGACGGCAUACAUCGCAAUUUUUGCAUUUGACGAGCACAAAUCACCAUCCAAUCAGUUCACUCGAAUGGAAUCGCAACGGAACGUUGUUGUGCUCAGUCAGUUUAAGUGAUCCAAAUGCCAUUCUAUGGGAUGUUGAUACAAAUCGUAAUAUACCAUUGAAGCGAAUCGGAAUGCCGUGUGCCUUAGCCAAGUGGUCAACAAACAAUCAACGUCUGUUCACAUCGACCGUCGGAAGUGUAUUUCGUGUUUGGCAAACAAAUAAAUGGACACCUGAGCGCUGGACUAUUCCAACGGGCUCUAUUCAAUCGGCCGCUUGGUCACCGUGUUCAAAUCACCUGCUGUUCAUCACAACUAACGAAUCGAUACUCUAUAGUCUUUGCUUUAUGGAUGAACAACUUUACAAAGUGGGUGCAGCGCCAAAGCAAUCAUUUCCAAUUGCGGAUUUUAAAGCCGUCCAAAGUGGUCAACGUGUCAUUGGCGGGCGGCCCAAAAGCAUCGUUUGGGAUUCAACUGGUCGAUAUGUUGCGGUUAUGUUCAAAUCAACGCCAUCAAUUGCCAUCUUCUCCACAUCGAUCAAUCGUGACGUUUUAAACAUAUCACCCAACUUUAACAUCAGCGGCGAUGACCCUGAUGAAUACCCUUCAUUCAUUUGCUUCAAGGAAAUUUACAUCAAACAUGACGACGUGAUUCUUACCAUUGGUUGGUCGACUGGUCGCGUACAAUACUUCCCAAUGCAUUGAUUUAAUCGAUAUCUUUUUACAACUUCAAUAUAGAUUUUUUUUUGUUACUUUUUCAUUCGAUAUUUUAACUUCAAAACUGAACAAUGUGGAGACGGUUGCGUGUCUACUUCUAUGAACAACAACACGUGAACGACAUUGAAAUAAAAACCAAACUAAAAAAAAAACGUUGAAUAUACCAA